AUGCUGACAGUGUCUUCCGAGGUAUACGAUAAUGAUCAGCUUGACCAGAUGAAGAAGGCUGGGAAGAACGUUUUAGCCAACAUCGUGGAGGUUAACAUCAUAGGCGACUCGGUAGUCGACCAGAUGUACAGCAGCUACUGCAGUCCUUCUCACAACAUAAUUUUCGUCUUCCAAAUCGCUCCUCAACCUAUUCUACUACUUCCUUCCGAAAGCGCUUUGGCGAAAUUUUGCAAGCCAAACCAACUUGUAUUGGGCUCAAAUGCUCGAAGCACGACUUUACAAAGCGGUAGCCAAGGAAGCGAAGGUCGCGGGUCGUACACAGCGAAGUAG